GAAGCGUCAGCUGAUAACAGGAGAACAGAACACUUCACCUCCAGCGACCAAAGCUGCUAGUGGUUGAACAGCUCAGCUUGGUCUUCUGGCUCCAGCACAGGAUGUCUGCCUACCCCAAAUCCCACAAUCCUUUCGCUGAUGACGAUGAUGAAGAAGACUCGCGCUCGGCCCCGAGGAGAGGCUUUAACUUCGAUGAUGAUCCGGAGGAGAGUUCGCUGAGUCCGGCAGAGAGACGCCAGAGGCAGCUGCAGCAGGAAGUGAUGCGUACAGCUCAGUCUGCCGUGGACAGCAGCCACCGCUCGCUCGGACUCAUCUACGAAUCAGAGAAAGUCGGUGCUGAAACCGCAGAGGAACUGAUCCGUCAGGGAGAGGCACUGAAGAGGACAGAGAGAAUGAUCGACAACAUGGAGGCGGACAUGAGGACGAGCCAGAGGCACAUAAACACCAUUAAGAGUGUGUGGGGGGGAAUGGUCAACUAUUUCAAAGGCAAACCCGAACCGCCCAAACCUGCGCAGAAAGACCAGCCGGUGUGUUACGAGGCCAGCAGCAGGCUACAGACUGCGCUUGCGGAGAGCAAACAGCAAGAAGACAAAUAUCAGGCCAGUCAUCCAAACCUCAGGAAACUGGAAACAUCUGGAUUCGGAGCUUCUGCUUCUCUGGACAACAAUUCGUCUGAUCAGAAUGGAGUUCCCAAAAACAAACAGCUACGAGCCGCUCACCAGCAGCUGGACAGAAACCUGGAUGAGAUGUCUUUGGGUCUGGGCCGGCUGAAGAAUCUGGGUCUGGGCUUGCAGACGGAGAUCGACGAGCAGGACGUUUCUCUGGAUGCUCUGCUCAAUAAAGCCGACAACAUGGACGGGAAGAUCAGCUCCACCAACCGGCAGCUCAAAAGCCUUAAAUAGACUCAGAGUGUGAUGUCACUUCCUGGAGGCGGGGCCAAGGUGAUCAUAAUUGAAAACAUUUGCGCUCGUAAAACAUUCUCUCCAAGGGAAGAAAGAGUGUGUUGGACAGAAGAAAUGUAAAACAAAAUAAGAGACAUGAAGAAAAACACAUGAUGGUUUGAGGUGUGACAAAAAACAGAGCGACAAUGAUGAAAUAGUUUUGUCUCUUUUUUUAUGCAAAUAUUGAUGUUUAAAGGGAUAGUUCACCCCAAAAAAUGAACAUUUGCUCAUUAUUUACUCUCCCUCAAGUGUUUCAAAACCUUUACGGGUUUUCUUCUUCUGUUUAGCACUAAAGAAGAUAUUUUGAAGAAUGCUGAAAACCGGUAACCAUUGACUUCCAUAGUAGGAAUAUAUAUUCUUAUACUCAAAAUAUAUUCUUUAAUGUUCAACAGAAGAAAGAAACUCAAGCAGGAUCUAAACAAGGGUGAAUAAAUGAUGACAAUUCUCAUUUUUGAGUGAACUGUCCCUUUAAGAGAAUAUAUGGUUAUUUCUACAGGAAAGUGAGUCAAAAAUACAGAGUGGGAAACUUUUCAUUAGUCACUAAUUUUCUCUAAUUGUAAAUAAGCUGGUUUAGGGAUAAACUGUUCAUAAGCUUUGAGUUAGAAAUGUUACCUAUAGAAAAUCUGACAUGUGCACACCUCAGUUACACCACUUUAUAAUCAUUGCACUUCUUAAAGGGACAGUUCACCCCCAAAUAAAAUUCUGUCUUCAUUUACUAGUGUCUGUCUUCUCUUGAACACAAAGGAACAUAUCCUGAAGAAUUAUUUUUUCUUUAUCCUACUAUGGAUGUCAGUGUCUGUUUUUCCUCCUCAACAUUCUUCAGAAUAUCUUCUUUUGUGUUUAACAGAAUCUAACACAGCCCUAUUUUUGGGUGAACUGCCCCUUUAACUGUGCAAAAUUGGGUUUAAAAUAUAUAUAUAUAUAUAAUGUGAAAUCUGCAGUCAUUUGACAUUUUUAUAAAUGUUUAUGCUCAUUUUUCGUGUUUUUUUUCUGCUAGUACGGUCCUGGUUAUCAGAUCACGAGAGACAGAGAUAAUGGUUUGCCUUAAUUUUCACAUUCAAUCCAUCUCAACAUUGCACUGUGCCAUUGCAUUUCACCCUGUGCUCAGAUUUUAUGCAUGUUAAAGAAACAGUUCACCCAAAAAUUUUAUUUUACUCACCAACAAGUGUUUCCAAACCUUUAUGAGUUUCUUUCUUCUGUUGAACUCGAUAAGAAGUUAUUUUAAAGAAAGCUGAAAACCUGUAACCAUUGACUUCCAUAGUAUGAAGUCAAAAGAAAUACAAUAGAAGUCAAUGGUUACAGGUUUUCAGCAUUCUUCAAAAUAUAUUCUUUAACGUUCAACAGCUGAAAGAAACUCCUAAAGGUUUGAAAUGAGUAAAAGGGGAGUAAAUGAUGACAGAUUUUUGGGUGAACUGUCCCUUUAAGUGAAUAUAUGGGUAUUUCUACUAGAAAGCGAGACAGAAAUACAGAGUUGGAAAUUAAGUUCUCUUCAUGACCCAUAAAUGAAAUUUUACUGACCAUCAAGUGUUUCCAAAUCUUCACUAAGUUAAAUAAGUUAUUUUGAAGAAUGUUGUAAACCUGUAACCAUUGACUUUCAUAGUAGAAAAAACAAAUACUGUGGCAGUUAAUGGUUACCGCUUUUCAGCAUUCUUUAAAAUAUCUUCUUUUAGUGUUCCACAGAAUAAAGAUACAAGUAAAGGGUGAGUAAAUGAUGACAGAUUUUUCAUUUUUGAGUGAACUGUCCCUUUAAGAGAAUAUAUGGUUAUUUCUACAGGAAAGUGAGACAAAAAUACUGAGUGGGAAACUUUUUAUUACUCACUAAUUUUCUCUAAUUGUAAAUAAGCUGGUUUAAGGAUAAACUGUUUAUAAGCUUUGAGUUAGAAAUGUUACCUGUAGAAAAUCUGACAUGUGCACACCUCAGUUACACCACUUUACAAUCAUUGCACUUCUUAAAGGGACGGUUCACCCAAAAAUACAAUUGUCUUCAUUUACUAGUGUCUGUCUUCUGUUGAACACAAAGAAACAUAUCCUGAAGAAUAAUUUUUUUUAUCCUACUAUGGAUAUCAGUGUCUGUUUUUCCUCCUCAACAUUCUUCAGAAUAUCUUCUUUUGUGUUUAACAGAAGAAUUUGAUAAAGGUUUUGAACCACUUGUGAGUAAAUUAAAGGUAUAUCUUUGGGUGAACUGCCCCUUUAACUGUGCAAAAUUGGGUUUAAAAAUAUAUAUAUAAUGUGAAAUCUGUAUUUGUCAGACAAUUAUGCUCAUUUUUCAUGGUUUUUUCUGCUAGACCGGUCCUGGUUAUCAGAUCAUGAGAGACAGAUAUAUUGGUUUGCCUUAAUUUUCACAUUCAAUCCAUCUCAUCAUUGCACUGUGCCAUUGCAUUUCACCCUGUGCUCAGAUUUUAUGUAUGUUAAAGGGACAGUUCACCCAAAAAUGAAGUUUUACUCACUUUAUGAGUUUCUUUCUUCUGUUGAACUCGAUAAGAAGUUAUUUUAAAGCUGAAAACCUGUAACCAUUGACUUCCAUAGUAUGAAGUCAAAAGAAAUACAAUGGAAGUCAAUGGUUACAGGUUUUCAGCAUUCUUCAAAAUAUAUUCUUUAACGUUCAACAGCCGAAAGAAACUCAAACAGGACAUAAAAAGUGAGUAAAUUAUUACAUCUUUUCAUUUUUAGGUGAACUAUAACUUUAAUCAUUCACUAUUAAGGAAAAACCCAUCAAACAUCUACUAAUCUUCAGUGAAGUGGCUGAGAGGAGUUAUGUUUUGGGGGAUUGCGUUUUAAUGGGUCAUCUGUUAUUUCCUUUUUUCGGUUUAGGGUAGCUUUAUAUCAUUUACCAGGAACAUUGUACUAUUGUUUCUGCAUCAUCUGAAACUCACUGUUCAAGUGUUGUCUUCCUAUUCAAGGGGUUUUGUCGGCUGAAUGUGACAUACGUGAACAUGAAUAAAAUAAAAGGUUGUAAUCU